AUGUCGUCCACCGGUAGUCUGAACCAAUACAUACAACUGAUCGAGCGCAUGUAUAGAACCUCUCAGGGAAAUUUCCUGGCUCGUUUACUGUCGCUUCGUGACGAACAUGUAGGAAACAGGAACCUGCGAUCAAGUGACAUUGCCACACUCGUGGAAGGGAACUGUGUGGCUCCACUGGACGAAAUUGUAAUCAGUCAUCUGCUAUGUGUUAAGUCACUAUAUUUAAGGGAUUUUAUGGAGGCUUUCGAGCAUCAGAGUGCCUGUGUGGCCUGCGUCGUAAAACUGUUGCAAAAUCAGAAGGAAGUCAAUUGGGGCCUACCUGUAAUGUACACAGUCUGCUUGGACCUAAGACUUGUUGCACAAAAAGCUGAAGCUACUUACCUUCAAAGCAAUGGAAAGAUCCUUGAAAAGGCUGCAGAAAGCUUAUUAGCAUGCUUCAGGGUCUGUGCUGCAGACAACCGCUCAUCUGAUGCUGACACCAAGAGAUUAGGAAUGCUGACUCUGGUCAACCAACUCCUCAAAGUGUAUUUCAGGAUUAAUAAGCUACAUCUUUGCAAACCAUUGAUAAGAGCUAUUGAUUCAUCACCAUUCAAAGAUCAGUUUCCAUUGGCGCAGCAAAUCACCUACAGAUACUUUGUAGGUCGCAAAGCUAUGUUCGAUUCAGAUUAUAGAUCCGCUGAUGAUUAUCUGUCAUUUGCAUUCCACAAUUGUCAUAGACAAAGUAUUAAAAAUAAAAGACUCAUUCUCACCUACUUAGUACCAGUAAAAAUGCUACUAGGUUUCAUGCCAUCCAUACAGUUGCUGCAGAAAUAUGACUUAAUGCAAUUUUGGGACCUGGUAUCUGCUGUGAAGAAAGGUGAUUUGAGAGGAAUAGACCAAGUGAUGGAAGAACAUGAAAGCUUCUUUAUUAGUGCUGGUAUAUACUUAAUUGUUGAAAAAUUAAAGAUCACCGCAUAUAGAAAUUUGUUCAGAAAGGUCUAUUUAGCUGAAAAUAGUCAUCAAAUUGAAAUAGCUAGCUUUCAGGCUGCUUUACAACUGAUGGGCCAUGAUGAUGUAGAUGCUGAUGAAACUCAAUGCAUUGUUGCGAAUUUGAUUUAUGAUGGAAAAAUUAAAGGAUAUAUCUCAUAUCAACACAAGAAGGUGGUAGUAAGCAAGCAGAAUGCGUUUCCUCCUUUGUCCAGUUUAUAUUAG